UUGUACUCGUCGUACCCGCCGAGAACCCGUCGCCGCCGCCGACGACGACGACGACGACAGCAGCAAGCAGCAGCAGUCAUGGCCGCCACCUGACCGCAACCCCACUGCGCGUGCGUUCAGUACAGUGGAAGAAAAACUCGAGAAAAUCGGCUCGGCAUUUUUUUUUCUACUAUUUUAGAUUUUCCGUUUAUCUUUGUAUUUCUCCCUUACCCCCUCUCACUCUCUCACUCUCGCUCGAAACGCUAUUUUUCCGUAAAGCGAAUAUUGUUCCGUCCACCGCCGCCGAUACAACGUCGUCGCUCAGUAUCGUCUGUGCUUACGCGUGUGCAACUGUUCGUCAUCGUUGUUCGUCGYGUGAAAUCGGUUCGCACUUCGUUCGGAUCUGCUCUCGGCACAUCACGCGCUGCACCGGAUAUAUGGAUUAACCGCGCGUGUAUAAUAAUAAACGUGAAUUUUCCGACCAUAUUUUUCUAUCAAUUGUUGUGAUCAAAAUUUGAUACACGUGGCAAGCUUUGUUAAAAGUUAUUUACAUGAAUCAUAGUGAACAUGUCACAAAACAAUGGACAAUCGCAGAGGUUUUGCCUCCGAUGGAACAACCAUCAAUCCAACUUGCUUGCUGUUUUCGAUCAACUAUUGACAAGCGAAGCAUUUGUAGAUGUAACAUUAGCUGUCGAAGGUCAAAUGCUCCGCGCUCACAAAAUGGUUCUUUCAGCAUGCAGCCCUUACUUUCAGACACUUUUUGUUGGACACCCUGAUAGACAUCCAAUCGUAAUACUCAAAGAUGUUCCACUUGUUGACAUGAGAUCAUUAUUAGAUUUUAUGUACAGGGGCGAGGUCAGUGUUGAUCAAGAUAGAUUGUCGGCUUUCCUAAAAGUUGCAGAAUCAUUGCGGAUCAAAGGUUUAACUGAGGUCAAUGAAGAUCGUGGGGACCUACCCUCGUUAGCUUCUUCUCUUCUUCAGUCUCACUCAUCAUCUCCGUCCUCUUCACCAGUACACAACAACCAAAUGGCUCAUGUGCCUCAACUUCAACGCAUACAUAAUCAUAGUCCUCUACCUAUGAAAAGGCCACUGCCAUCUCAUCCGCUUCACGAUCAACAGCGUCAACAUUUAUCAUACCCGAUGAACCCGCUAUUAGGAUCUGCUCUAACUGCACCUAAGCGGAAACGCGGACGCCCCAGGAAAUUAUCUACAGGAAGUAACUCGCCUUCUAGACCAAACGACAAUAAUAAUGAUGAUAGUAGAGCAUCUACUCCAGUUGGUACAAGCGCAGGAAGCGGCCGUGAUCCACCAGAUUUAUUGGAAUUGAACAUGUCUGAAGAAUCAGAAUCUGCUGCAGCUGCUCCUAGGAAUUUGGAUUCUCCAAGUCAAGAUGAUAUAGCUGAUCACGAAGAUAUGGAAGAAGAAUAUACAGAAAAUGGAAUGGAGAUCAAAGAAGAACCUAUUGACCCAGUUCCAGGGACAUCCCAAGAUUUAAGUACAGUGAAAAAAGAAUAUGACACUCACUCUAGUAUGCAGUUAGACCAAAGCGCAUGUGAGGUAGAAUCUGAACAAAAACCUACUUCAUUUAAAGAUGCAAAUGGAACAAGUGACUUGGACAUUACAACAAACCAUGCUAAUCGACCAAUUAUGGACAAGUAUUCAGUUCGUCAAUUCUGUACUCAAGAAUCAAGCAAUCUUUUUAGAUGUAAUUUAUGCCGCAAAACAUACACUCACAUUAGUAAUUUCUGUCGACAUUUCCUAUCAUCUCAUCAUGGAAUUAGACAAGAAGUACCCUGUCCUGUAUGUACUAGGAUGUUUACAAGAAGAGACAACAUGUUAACACAUAUGAAACAAGUACAUAGAGUUUCUGCUCCCAAAGUUUAUGCUACAAACAAUAAUAGCAGUUCUAGAUUUGAAUAUAAUAGUUUGUGAUAUUCUAUAAUUGUUCACAUAUGCUAGCAUAUUAUUACAAUUUUAUUUAUUUAUUUUUUUUUUUUACAUGUUGACUGUUAAUUAACCAGUAUUGAAGGUAAUAAUGCAGAUAAUAUCUUUCCAUGAAUACAUUUAAUCAUAUAUUGUACCAAAGUUAAGAAACUUGAGUGAAAUAACUAUAAUUUAACAAUUCACAAGUGGGAUAUARUUUUUAAUUAUGUACUUAAAAAGUUCAAUUGUAUAGUUGUUGUUUGUAGGGUAAAGGUAAAUUUGUGUUAAAAUUUAUUUUCAUAUUUUUAUUGCGUUUUUGUUUUCCUAAGUUUUAAUUUGUUUUUCCUUUGCCUUUUAUGCUCCUUCCAAAGUUAACCCGUCCAAUGUUUUUAUUAUUAUAAUCAUUUAAUUUGAAUUGUUAAACUAUUUAGGAUGAACAAUUGUUAUAAUAAAUACCUGUCAAUAAUUUA